AUGACGACUACCAAAGUACCUUCGCGGAUGCGAGCAGCUAUUCUCGAGCAUUUCAAUGAACCAUACAAGCUUAUCUACAUGGACACACCUUUGGCUCGAUAUCUUGAAGGCCACGAUAUUCUAGUGCAGGUGUUGGCAGCGUCAUACUGCCACACAGACGCAGUAUUUGCAUUAGGAUCCAUGGGGCAUUCGACGCCUCGAGUGGGCUGCCAUGAGUUUGCAGGGCAGGUCGUGGCACUAGGCCCACAGGUCGAAGUUGAGUCCCUUGGCCUGACUGUGGGCAGCAAAGUAGGAGUUCCAGGCAGAGGAUACCGCCCUUGCGGCGAGUGUAAGGAGUGCAUCAUAGCAGGGGCGCACCCAAAAGCCAGGGCGAAACGAUACUCACCCUUCUGUCCGCACAUGAAGAACCUGGGCUUCACCGCAGACGGCGGUUUUCAACAGUACGCAAUUGUUGACAGCCGGCAGGUGGCACCAUUACCCGAGUGCAUGACUGCAGUCCAGGCAGCGCCGUUAAUGUGCGCAGGAUUGACGGUAUGGGCGGCGCUGGAGCUGGCACGCAACUGCCAUGGAGCACGCAAAGUGGCCAUCAUCGGAGCAGGCGGAGGACUUGGCCACAUAGGAGUUCAGUUUGCUGCACACUUGGGCAUGGAUGUGCUCGCUGUCGAUGCAAGCGAUGCGCCAUUGAGUCUGUUGAGCACCGUCAUUAAAAGCCUUCCGUCUUCAAUGUCGAACCGGGUAAGCAUUCAUGACGCGCGAAGACUCAAUGUUGAGCGCGCACUCCAAGCCGUAGGGGAGAACAGGGCUGUCGAAGGCGAGCUAGCCGGCGUCGAUGCCGUUGUCUUGCUCCCAGAUUCACAGGCAGCCUUUGACACAGGCAUGAAACUACUACGCAACCACGGUACUAUGGUGGUUGUCAGUUUCCCCAAAAAUGGCUUCAACCUCGACGCAAAAGACGUCGUUUUCCGUGACAUUCGUGUCGUUGGAAGCUUGGUCGGCUACAACCAUCAGCUUCGCGACAUGCUCGCAUUUGCCGACGCCAACGCGAUCAACGUCUCCAUCCGUACUUUUGCGCUCGAUGACAUCCAAUCUUUGGUCCAAGAGUCCCACCGUGGCGAAGGAGGAAAAUUGGUCGUCGACAUGAGUUUGUAAUCAGAAUUGGAGAAGUCUUUUAGUCGAUCGGAUAUUUGGGGUACGUUGGGGAAGUUGGGC